UUUAUGGAAAAAGAAACUGACGUGCGUCGUAGGUCGUGUUAAUAAAUUUUCCAUCGAGAAAUUUCUAGCAACUGGAUUGUGAAAACGUGAUCAAUAGAUCACCUCAGAUUUUUAUCAUUGUCACGAAAGUCGUAAUCAAAUUUACGGUAAUUCGAGCCUAGGGUUAUUUUCGAGCAAUAUUUAUUAUUGUCGUUAAUAAUAAUUAAAUAAAAAUAAUUUAAUUGAUAAAGAAGAUAUAAAAAAUAAAAAUGUCUCUCUUUGGAUCAUUGAUGGGUGAUAUUGAAGACGACCCAAUUUUCGGGUCACACAUGCAAUCCAUGCAAUCGAUGAAUAGCAUGAUGAACAUCUUCAGCAAUCCUUUUGGGAUGAUGGCACCAGCACUGAUGGGUCAAGGUCAAAGUAUGAUGGGCCAACAUCAAGGAGGUCCUGUUAACAACAUGCAUCAGAUGAUGUCUUUUGGAUUUCCUAUGCCAACGAUGAAUAUGAAUGCUAUGUUUUCUAAUUUUGAUAACAUGGCUAGCGGUAACUGCAUGACAUCAACAUCAAUAAUGACCUACACAAACGGCCCAGAUGGUCGUCCCCAAGUGUACCAAGCAUCAAAAUCAAUGCGAGCUGGCCCAAAUGGCGUCAAAGAAACCAAAGAAUCUGUUUUUGACUCCCGAGCCGGCACCAAAAAGAUGGCCAUCGGUCACCAUAUUGGCGAAAGAGCUCACAUCAUCGAGAAGAAGAAGGAUUUGCGUAACGGCGAUGAAGAAGAACACCAAGAGUUCAUCAACCUUGACGACGACGAAGCUGAAAAUUUCAACCAAGAAUGGGAACAGCGUAUUCGUCAAGCUCGUCCUCGAGCCAGUGAUUCUCAGGCAGCUAUUGAUUACUCGCCCCACAGAAGACAUCAUCGUGGAGAACGACAGCUUGCGUUGACUGAUGGAACACCAAGUCGACAGAGUGAACGGUCUAGAGUACCAAGUUCAAGACGAAGUAUUCGAGCCUUGACGAACAGUAUUAAAAAUAAAAUCAGCGCAAGUCAAAAUGAUAGUACUGAAACGGAAUCUAAGCCAAAAGCUACUGAGACAUCCGGAAGACGAAAACAUGAAGAUGAUACCGAAGAUGAUGAAGAUAAUAAUAAGAAGAAACGACACUUGUCUACUAGUGAAGAUUAAUCAAUUAAUUAUUGAACUAAAUUUUUUCUAACUUACGUCUGUUAAUAUUUAAUUAACGUAGCUAAUGGACGUAAUUUGACUUUAUCUCAAAACUAAGCUCUCAAUUGAAUAUUCCAUUUUUUUUACACAGAGUAUUAAUUUUUUAUUUUGAUUUCUUCAA